GACACGUUGCGAUUCGCAAAGUUCAAGUUGAGAUAUAAAAGUUAAAUCAUUUUUGGUGAGACAUCAUUCUUUUGCUGGAGCUCGAAAAUACUACUUGAAAUAUUAUUUCAAGCAGUGAUGUCUUACGAAUUCCAGAGAUUUUUCUUCUUUACCUUCUGCCUGGCGUACUGCUGGCCAGGACUCUGCGCUGAAAGCAAUCUAAGGGUGGUCAAUCAAUGGGCUGAAUUGGAAUUCGUCUUCCCUAAUGAAGAAACCAAGCAGAUUGCUUUGACCAAACGGCAUUAUGUGCCGGGCAAGUCUGUGCCUAUUGACGUAGACAUUCAAUAUAGACAUGGCACUCUAUCGCCACGAGUAUUCAUAACUACACCUCGCAUUCAAGAAGGUCGUCCCGUGACUCUGGGUACUGUGGACGAGAUGGGCAAAAUCUCUGGAUACCCUAACUACUCCUGGCACGAAAAUCAAGGCCAGAACUGCGAAGGAAUAACUUCAGUAUUUAGGACUAUGAUAGACGAAUGCAAUAGGCUCUGGAUGUUGGACACAGGCAAGAUCGGCAGCAAGCAAUACUGUCCUCCACAGCUGUUGGCUUUCAACCUCAACGAUGACAGCCUCAUCUACCGGUACCGGCUCAACCAGACUGAUUAUACUGCACAGUCAUCGUUUUAUACUGUAGUGACGGAUGUAAAACCAGGCGAUUGCGGUGAUGCAUACGUGUACAUAGCAGACGUGACUGGCCCCGCGCUGGUAGUGGUCGACGUGGCGAAAAAUCGCUCAUGGCGCCUCACUCAUCGCCUCUUCUAUCCGUUCCCCUCACGAGGGAACUUCACCGUUGACGGUGAGAGUUUCGAUCUAAUGGACGGAAUAUUGGGCAUGGCGUUGACUCCUCGGGGACGUAAUCGUGAUCGGUUGCUCUACUUCCACGCUCUUUCUUCCACCACAGAAAACAUCGUCCGGACAUCUGUACUCAAGAAUGAUAGUUACGUGGGAAAUCCUAGCGUUGACCCUAAACUUAUCAGUGUAUUCCCAGGUGAGCGAUCAAGUCAAUCCGGACCUGAAGCAAUGGAUCUAAACGGCAUCAUGUAUUUUGGACUCAUGGACCCGCCAAGUAUUUGGUGCUGGAAUUCUGCCACGGAGUACAAUCAAAGGAAUUUCCACCUAGUCGCCGAAAACAGGGAAACUCUACAGUUUACCACUGGGGUCAAAGUCAUCAACAACCUUCAGGGAGAACAGGAGUUAUGGGUUCUUACAUCAAGCUACCAAAGAGUCUUUACUGGAACCCUAAGCUCCAACAGGACAAACUUCAGAAUUCACACGGAAAAGAUCCCAGUGAUCUUGGCAAAUUCACCGUGUUUGUCUCCCCCAAAGGAGUCGAGCUCUAAUUCCUGCGCGAAUUAAUAUAAUAUCAAACAAUGUGACCCGUGGAACAUACAUAUACGGAGCUCCAUCAUAUCUCUAGAGAUUCGCACUUUA